AAGCAGAAGUCACAUCGGCGGUUCGAAACUCCUCCUCCCGCGGUGAGGUGAAGACGUUUGAAAAUCACCCCACUCCAAACUCCUCCCCUCCCGGGAAACCUCGCCUAGAUAUGCUGCUGAGAAUGACUCGGGUGCACGUGCAGCCGCAGGAAGCCUGAGUUCCCAGCUUAGACACCGCGGGCCAGUGAAACAGAUCGGGACGUUGCGAGCAGAGGCUGCGGGAAUGGGGCUCGGUGGCUGGAGGCUGCGCUGGAUCGUCGCCCUGCUCCUCGUCGCGGCGGGGACUGCGGUAGAAGACAGAUGUGAGAGAAACGAGUUCCAGUGUCAAGAUGGGAAAUGCAUCUCCUAUAAGUGGGUUUGUGACGGCAGCCCCGAGUGCCCAGAUGGCUCUGAUGAGUUCCCGCAGACCUGCAUGUCUGUCACCUGCAAAUCAGUGGACUUCAGCUGUGGGGGCCGCGUCAACCGCUGCAUCCCUCAGUUCUGGAGAUGUGAUGGCCAAGUGGACUGUGAAAAUGGCUUGGAUGAGCAAGGCUGUCCAGCCAAGACAUGCUCCCAAGAUGAAUUCCGCUGCCAUGAUGGCAAGUGCAUCUCCCAGCAGUUUGUGUGUGACUCAGAACGGGAUUGCUUGGAUGGCUCAGAUGAGGCCUCAUGCCCCGUGACCACCUGUAGCCCUGCCAACUUCCAGUGUAAUGAUUCCACCUGCAUCCCUGAUCUAUGGGCUUGUGAUGGUGACCCUGACUGCAAGGAUGGCUCAGAUGAGUGGCCAGACCGCUGUGGGGGCCGAGAAACAUUAGCCACCCAAGGGAACAAUGGUCCCUGCUCCUCCCACGAGUUCCACUGCCAUAGCGGCGAGUGCAUCCACUCCAGCUGGCAUUGUGACGGUGGUCCUGACUGCAAGGACGAGUCCGAUGAGGAGAACUGUGCUGUGUCCACCUGCCGCCCUGACGAAUUCCAGUGCCUAGAUGGGACCUGUGUCCAUGGCAGCCGGCAGUGUGACUGGGAGUAUGACUGCAAGGACAUGAGUGAUGAACAUGGCUGUAUCAAUGUGACACGUUGUGAAGGACCCAACAAGUUCAAAUGCCACAGUGGUGAAUGUAUAACCCUUGACAAAGUGUGCAACUCAGUACGGGAUUGCCGGGAUUGGUCGGAUGAGCCCAUCAAAGAGUGUGGCACCAACGAGUGUUUGGACAACAAUGGAGGCUGCUCCCAUAUCUGCAAUGACCUCAAGAUUGGUUACAAGUGUCUGUGUCCUGACGGCUUCCAGUUGGUGGACCAGCGAAGAUGUGAAGAUAUCGACGAAUGUCAGGACCCUGACACCUGCAGCCAGAUCUGUGUGAACCUGGAAGGCAGCUAUAAGUGCGAGUGUGAAGAUGGCUUUCAGCUGGACCCCCACACCAAGGCCUGCAAAGCAGUGGGUUCCAUUGCCUACCUCUUCUUCACCAAUCGUCAUGAGGUAAGGAAGAUGACCCUAGACAGGAGUGAGUACACCAGCCUCAUCCCCAACCUGAAGAACGUGGUUGCUCUGGACACAGAGGUGGCCAGCAACAGAAUCUACUGGUCUGACCUGUCCCAGAGAAAGAUUUACAGCACCCAGAUUGAUGGAGCCCACGGCUUCUCCUCCUAUGAUACCGUCAUUAGUGGAGACCUCCAGGCCCCCGAUGGGCUGGCUGUGGACUGGGUCCAUGGGAACAUCUACUGGACCGACUCUGUUUUGGGCACUGUCUCUGUGGCUGAUACAAAGGGUAUGAAGAGGAAAACACUAUUUAAGGAGAAAGGAUCCAAGCCAAGGGCCAUCGUGGUGGAUCCUGUUCAUGGCUUCAUGUACUGGACUGACUGGGGAACCCCUGCUAAGAUCAAAAAAGGGGGCCUGAAUGGUGUGGAUGUGUACUCGCUGGUGACAGAAGGCAUCCAGUGGCCCAAUGGCAUCACUCUGGAUCUUUCCAGUGGUCGCCUCUACUGGGUUGACUCCAAACUCCACUCCAUCUCCAGUAUUGAUGUCAAUGGUGGCAACCGGAAGACAGUGUUGGAGGACAAGAAGAGACUGGCCCAUCCCUUCUCCUUGGCCAUCUUUGAGGACAAAGUGUUUUGGACAGACAUCAUCAAUGAAGCCAUUUUCAGUGCCAAUCGCCUCACGGGCUCCGACAUUAAUUUGGUGGCUGAAAACCUAUUGUCCCCUGAGGAUAUUGUCCUCUUCCACAACUUCACACAGCCAAAAGGGGUAAACUGGUGUGAGAGGCCCACUCUCCGAAAUGGUGGCUGCCAGUACCUGUGUCUUCCUGCCCCACAAAUUAACCCACACUCGCCCAAGUUUACCUGUGCCUGCCCAGAUGGCAUGUUGCUAGCCAAGGACAUGAGGAGCUGCCUCACAGAGGCUGAGUCUUUAGUGACCACCCAGGGCACCUCCACGAGCAGGCCUCUGGUCACCUCUAAAACUGUGGCGCCGAAGCAUACCGUCACCUGGCCUGCUCCUGAUACCUCUCGGCUCACCACAGCAGAGAUAGUGACGAUGUCAUUCCAAGCCCUGGGUGACAUCGCCGGCAGAGAGAAUAAGGAGAAACCUGGGAGUGUGGGCGCUCUGUCCAUUGUCCUCCCCAUCGCAAUUCUUGUCCUGCUCUGCUUUGGAGCCUUCCUGGUCUGGAAGAAUUGGAGGCUGAAGAGCAUCAAUAGCAUCAACUUCGACAACCCUGUGUACCAGAAGACCACGGAGGACGAGGUGCACAUCUGCCGCAGCCAGGACGGCUACGCCUACCCCUCGAGACAGAUGGUCAGCUUGGAGGAUGAUGUGGCAUGAACAUUGGCCUCAACUACUUUCCCUCUCUGGAACCUGCUGCCACUCAGGAGCAGGAAAAACACUUUCUCCCCAGACCCUGCGCAGACUGUCUAGAACCCUUCCUAA